AUGGCGGAAGACGGAGAAAACGAGAUAAGCAGGCCAGCUCGCUUACUAAAUAUCUUAUCUCAUGAACUCACGACUGGCAAUCGCGGUUUUCGCCAUUGGCGAACAAUAAUUGCACAGUUCGCUCUGUACACGCGGAAAAAAGUCUACACACCGUCCGCGUCUUCUAUUUUCGUAGGGAAACAUGUCAAGAACAUCGGCACCGUCUCGAUCGCCUUUAUGGUGCAGUUCACCGCGUUCCAGGGCACGGCGAAUCUGCAGUCGUCGAUUAACGCCAGCGACGGCCUCGGUACCGUCUCGCUCUCGGCCAUCUACGCCGCCCUGGUGCUCUCGUGCAUCUUCGUGCCCACCUUUCUUAUCAAGAGGCUCACCGUCAAGUGGACCCUCUGCCUAUCCAUGCUGUGUUACGCGCCGUACAUCGGCUCGCAGUUCUACCCCAAAUUCUACACCCUAGUGCCCGCCGGCGUGCUCCUGGGUCUCGGCGCCGCGCCCAUGUGGGCCGCUAAGGCCACGUAUCUGACGCAGGUUGGCGGCGUCUAUGCUAAAAUCACCGACCAGCCGGUCGACGCCAUCGUCGUACGGUUCUUCGGCUUCUUCUUCCUCGCGUGGCAGACGGCCGAGCUCUGGGGCAAUCUCAUCUCCUCGCUUGUAUUAAGCGAUGGCGGACAUGGUGGUGGCGGCAAUAGUAACAGCACGACCAGCUGGGACAAAAUCAAGCUGUGCGGCGCGGAUUUUUGCGUCCUUGGCAACGGAGGCCAUGAGAACCUGGAGCGACCGCCGGAGUCCGAGAUCUAUGAGAUCUCCGCGAUCUACCUCACAUGCGUUAUCGUCGCGGUGAUCAUCGUCGCUCUGUUCGUCGAUCCUCUUUCCAGGUACGGCGAGAAGCAACGACGAUCGGAUAGCCAAGAAUUGAGUGGCAUCCAAUUGCUCUCUGCUACAGCUUACCAGCUGAAGAAGCCUUACCAACAACUGCUGAUACCUAUUACGGUAUGGAUCGGCAUGGAGCAGGCUUUCAUCGGCGCCGAUUUCACGCAGGCAUACAUCUCCUGCGCCCUGGGUGUCCACAGAGUCGGCUACGUUAUGAUCUGCUUCGGGGUGGUCAAUGCCGGUUGUUCCUUGCUAUUCGGUUCGCUAAUGAAAUUUGUUGGCAGACAGCCGUUGAUGGCACUAGGCGCUAUCGUUCAUUCCUCCCUCAUAGUCGUUCUUCUCAUGUGGAAGCCCCAUCCCGACAACCCUUACAUCUUUUACUCGGUCUCAGGACUGUGGGGUGUAGGUGAUGCCGUAUGGCAGACGCAGGUUAACGGACUCUACGGCACGCUGUUUAGGCGCAACAAAGAGGCGGCCUUCUCGAAUUACAGGCUGUGGGAGAGCGCCGGCUUCGUGAUCGCGUACGCGUACAGCACGCACCUCUGUGCCCGUAUGAAGCUGUACGUGUUGCUGACGGUGCUGAUCACCGGCACCACGGGCUACAUCAUCGUCGAGCUGCUGCACAGACGCAAGCAACGGCGGCUCAAGGCGCUCGCCGAGGAUCCGAAAGCCGCUCAGGCGGCCGCCGAGGCGAACCAGCCGGAGGAGACCGACGACGAGAAGGACGAUCUUGACGACGAGAUCAUUAUCACGCAUCUGUGAACGACUGGUCCGCGUAGUCGACGUAGUCGUUUCUCUUUCAAAGCUCCUCGCGUCCGCGCCGCUUUCCCGUCUCGUCGACGGGGGACUCGAGACGACGGCCGGAAGACUCAAUCAAUCGAUUUCGCGAGCACCACCAUUUCCUUCGCUAUAUCCGCCGAGAUCUUCCGCCUGUCAUCCCCUUGUUCUCGCUUCAUCGAUCCGUCUAUUCUGAGAGAUAGAACCAUAGUAGAAUCAAUGACCAGCCGCGGCACUCUUCCCCGUUGAUGAUGGCGAGGAAAGCGUACUCUCAGUGGGCAACGCUGCCUCCGGAACGAGAGAUCGCGGAAUCACGUUCUGUCGUGGGAUGAUCAAGGUUGAUCCUCGAGGGAACGGUGGGUAUGCCCACACCUUCCACGAUGAAGUGGAGAUGCCGGGCGUCGAGUCCAUCUUCGCGGACGCUUCUCUCCAAGGUAACGCCGAAUGCGACGCGUCUCUCUCUGGACUGAAAUCUGGCUUCUACCUUCCUCAGAGGGAUGAGUCGAUGAGCCGACAAGUAAUACACUUGUCAAUAUGAUGGUGCUAAGAAACGUAUGGUGACGUAAAACUCGCGUGCUACUAGGAACAUAGAAUUUCCGCCAUCGUUGCUCGGAGCUGUCAAAUUAAUGCCAUGAUGAGGAAUCAUCUUGAUCCACGAUUCACGUUUCUGAGACCUCAUUAUCGCGUUUAUGUGAUCGUGGAAAUAACGCGCGGCGCGGAGAUGAAAGCGCAUUUUAUUGCGCACAGACCACGCGCGCUUCUGCAAGACGUGUGUUAAAAAUGAGAAUUUUAGAACUAUUCAAUUUGUAUCACGUUUUUUUUUUUUAUUGAGAAAAUGUCCUGGCGAUCGUUAUUGUCAUCGCGUAUCGAGAAGAAGAAAUGCAAGAAGCACUUUUGCUUUUUCAGAUUUGGGAACAUUAAACAUCUCGAUUUUUAUUAUCUUGUUAAAUAAUAGAAAGAUUUUUGUGAUCCUAUUAGGCUUUCAAAUUUUAUAUUUAUAAUGCUAAUAUAAAGAAAUGCGUCGGUUCCGACAUUUAUUCAAUCAGUCUGAUGAUCUUUAUAAAUUCGAAUCUUUUCAUUAUAAAUUGACUAUAAUUUGUAAAGAUUAUCAUACUUCAUAAGUAGAAAUAUAUAUGACACAUAUAGCUGUAAUUAACGAAGAUAACAGGUUUCGAUGAAAAU